AUGGCGAUCUUUCUUACUGGGAGGGAUAAGCUUUCGUGGUUAUAUGUCACGUAUGGAGAUUACUUUAACGGCAAAACAGCUACCAUAAUCGUGCCUCUUGACAAAAAUGACAAGACCUUGAAGUAUUUAUGCAUGAAAGCAAGGCGUAGAGAUCAUCUUCAACUUGUAGGACCCUCCUUCGAGGCCACACUUUUGGGAGAUUACAGUCCCACUGCCACUCACAUAUUUGUGGCCAAAUCUGGGGCUGCCAUUGCUCCCUUCAGAGCCCAUCUUCGUCAUUUCUUCAAAGAGGAUAUUCCUUUAUUCAAAUUUGCUGGCCAAGUGUUGCUGUUCUAUGGGGUGGAGGACGAUCUCGAUUCUCGAGUUUACAAUGACGAAUUCAAGCAGUACGAGCAGGACUACCCACGAAACUUCAACUACAAAUACUUCAACCACCUUUUGCAACGACAAGGUGAAUUUUUUUAUGUAUUUCAACUCGUUGUUCAUAGCGGAGCUUAUAUAUAUCUGGUUGGGCCUCAGAGCAUGGUGGAUGAGGUUGAAGCCAUUUUCAGGAGUAUUGGCGAUCAGAAUACGUGGGACGGAAUAAAAGAUGAUCUAAUAAAGAAGAACCAAUGGCGCGUACAAGUCUACGAUUAUUGA